AUGUGUGGGUUGGCCGUAGCGACCUGGUACCAUUUGAAGGUGGUGGCCACAAGUGCAGCGGGGACAACGUUGGGAAAUUAUUACUUUUCGACAUUGACUGAAGAAGGAGAUCGCAUACCAGCACCAGCUCAUUUUCCGCCAGGUGGAGAAGAAGGCGAAGAGAGAGCGACUGCUGUGUUGGUGGCGGCAGCUUGUGGUCUACUGGCUGCGCUACUUUUAUUGGCCGCACUUGCUUAUAAACGAAGUCCAUCAACGACAUGCUUCAGAAAAGGUUACGAGCAAGGAGACAUUUCGGAAGAAGAAGACAAGUCAGUAGAGAAGAGAGAUAACCGACGAAACUGUCAGCAAGUUUAUACCUCAUCACCUAUCAAACAUCCUAUUGGGAAGAAGGACCAACAAGAGAUGUACGAGAUAAGCCCCUAUGCUACGUUCAGCAUGUCGGGCGGCGCGACGGGGCCGGGCGCGGGCGGGGAGGAGGGCGCGGCGGCGGCGGGCGCGGGGGGCACGCUGCGCACGUUCGGCCGCGCCGAGCCCGCGCCGCUGCAGGCCGCGCCGCCGCAUCAUCAUUUGCAUCAUGAACACGCAGACGAGUACACGCUGUCCCGCGCGAUGACGCUGAUGGUGCGUCGCUCGGAGUCGGACUCGGACUCGAGCGGCUCGCCCUGCGCCGAGUGCAACUCCAGCGUGUCCUACAGAAUGCCCGUCACGCCCGGGAAAGUGGUAGCAGAGGAAGUAUUCCGCGCGGUGACGGACUCGAGCGCGGAGUCGGCGGGCGACGCGCGGUCGCUGUGCGCGCGGCCGCACGACAAGCGCCGGCGCCCGCGCCGCCACCACGCGCCCACCGCGUCGAGAUACCAGCAGCGGCAGGAGCAGGAGAGAAGAGAUUUUACAAUACACGUAUAAAUACGACGACAAUAAAGACUGCUACAAGCGAAAUAUUAAUUGUUAACUAGCUAAUUUACCGUUUUAGCUCUAAGAGAUUUUAACACGGAAAUAAAAUUGUACAUAUUUUAGGAUGUUUUGUACUGUGUUGGAUUUGAAAAAUUAAUGCGGCCUAUUCGGUAUCACUCAAAAGAUAAUUUUAAUGCGUACCAGUGAAACGGAGCGUUUCUUCUAAACUCCUACUUUUGUAGUUAAUCCAUAGUCAGUUAAAAUACUCAUUACACUUUAUCAAUAGUUAUUGAACUAAACAAACCCUGAUCAUAUCUGACGAAUUGUAUAAAGUAGAACAUAGAUAACGUAUAAAUAAGAUGUCAAUAAUGAUAAGUACAAGAUUUUUAUUGUUAGUGUUAUGGAUGAGUUGAGAAAAUACGAUUUUCCUGUUGACACACGGGCUCGAUAGAUGGCACUGCUUUCAACUAAUGGUUUCUCUAGUCAAUGUGCUAUGAAUUACUUUAAGAUGCUCAAAAGUAUUAUUAAGUUUACUUUUUUAUACUUGUCUUACAACUUUGUAUA